AUGUUUUCAUUGCAGAUAUCAAAGUAUUCAACACCAUAUAAAACAUUGUGUUCUUGUUAUGAUCCACCAGGGAAUUCAUUUGCAAGUUCAUUUUAUGUUCCACCCAAUUUAAUUGACUUUGGCACGGUAUUUUCUAAGUUUGAUGCUAGUAAUGCAUCAGUGUAUGGUACUGUUAUAGCCACUCUGGUAGUGUUCGGGUUGAUGGCGAUCUGGUCGAGAAGGAAGGACAAUCAAGAUAAAGUAAAAUGGAAGUAUGGUUUUUUGAAAGAUAACAAGAUUGAUGAGAAUUACAUGUAUUUAAUCAGUGUGGAAACUGGACUGAGGAAACAUUCUGGUUGUAAAUCUACUAUCAGUUUUAUAUUGAGUGGUGAAGAUGGUGAUACAGGUGCUAGGAUAUUGGGAGAUGGGGAAAGAUACUUUGAAUCCGGAAGUGUAAUGAACUUUAUCUGCACUACUAAUAUGAGUUUAGGGAAGUUAUUGUAUUUGAGGGUAUGGAAUGACAGUAGUGGGGAGAACCAAUGGGCAUCAUGGUACUUAGUGAAAAUAAUUGUUGAAGACCUCAAUACAAAAGAGAGUUGUGUAUUCGUGGUGAAUAACUGGUUGGCUGUUGAUAAAGGUGAUGGUAUGCUAGAGAGGGUGGUACCAGUCGCCAGUUCAACAGAACUUAUGUCAUUC